AUGAGCGAGUUUAGAUCUGCACUGAAGGCGUACAACCUCGAGAAAGCACUUGCCGCUGAUCGGAAUUCUGGCUGUCUGGUCAUAGACGUCGGCCACGAUGAGAAUGGCCAGUCUAUUCCCUCUCAUGCGCAUGUCAUCGAGCGAGUCGAUCACGUGCUACAUUAUGCGCGCGCAGCUGCCUUUGCAGCGACCAAGCUGUAUAUCGUUGGUGAUUGGAACUUGACCCCGAUUGACUCUGGAGAUGAGCUUGACGAAGAAGCAAAAGAGACCAAGCUGACUUUUAACAAGGCGCGACUCGAUUCUGUCGUGAAGUGGGGAGAGGCGACCGAGAAGAUUGGACAGCUUUUGAAGCAGAUGGGCAACCUCCAGGAACUGACCGCUGACAUCGCCAGUUGGAUCUCGGGCUUGCCAUUCACCGCCGCUGUCUGGAAGAUGUUGCCGACGGAGCUUAUCAAACUCGUCAUCGACCUUGGCGAGCCUGUCCGCCUGGAGCAGGAUGGUGACUUCCUGUACCGCUCGUAUAUUACUCCAGAUGAGAUGCAGUUGUUACAAGAGCAAGUCAAGCUUAAGGAGCUUCGUCUGUUGAAUGUGCACAACUCGUUCCAGCCGCUUGUAUGGGAGGCGGUCUUCCGGAACACGUCUGCAGGAGGCAUGCGAGUGCUAGACAUCCAGAUGGCAGUGGCCCCAAUUGUGCGCUCUGAAGAGUGGAAGAAAGCCAAAGAUGUGGCCGGACUCACCGUUGCUCUCGAGGACUCCCCGGAAAAAUUCUACAAGGGUAUGGACGGAAAAGGCAUACUUCACUACGCUAUCGGUACUGGCGAGUACCUGGACGACUACUCCAUCCGCAAAGCUCGAAUAGCCUCUGGCUUGGACGAAGCCACGCCCCUCCCGCUAUGGUGCUUGAAGCUGGACGGUUUCGUUAUUGACCACCUUCCUUUCGGUCAUGAGCUCUCCAGAAUUGUGCUCUUGACUUGUGGCGACAACUGUAUCGACAGCGGGCUGAGAGCACCCAAGACCGGUCGCGCACCACAGAACAAGUGGAGCAAGGCGGUCAACAACGCAAUCUCCCAUUGCCUUAUCAAGUGGCCGAACUGGACUGGCAUUUUCGAUGACCAGGGUGAUCAGCGCAACAAACUUGGGCUUGUAAUACCGCACGACGUGAUUCUUUCCACCCCGCUCGACGAGUUCUCCCCCAACUCACCCACUGUCCCGCUUACCAAGGAAUCCCUGCACAUGAAGGAGCUCGGCGAGGCUCUUGGAGAUGUCAAGAUGCCUGACUACUUCAAUGAUGCAGGUUUACUAGGCGAGCCCGCGAUCAGUAGGACUCCCAUGAGCGUUUUUUCGAACGAGUCUGAACGUGGCUCUGAUGUGCCUACUCCUACCGUAAUUUCAUCUACGGUGGCGUACUCUCCUCGCAUCACUACAGUGGACGGUACCACACUCACCACGACGACCUCCUUCACAGAGUCCGAUACGACCACCGUCAGCAGCUUCAUGGACACUAUUUCUCCGACUUCCACCUUCAGCAGCUUUGAUGACACCGUCUACCCAACCUCAACCUUGAGCAGCUUCGAAGAGGUCAGCACAGCCAUCGCUGAAACUGACUCCAACGUCGCCACGGACGGAUCAGGCGCCACCGCGACUGAGGAGAACAAGACACCAAAGAAGUCCACAUUUGCGCACAAGGUAAGGCGAUCCCUCGACUGGCUCACCCGUUCCUCCUGA